GUCUCCCCCUGAUUCUCAGGGCCUCCCUCCACCACUCACCAAAUGUAUACAAUAUUAGUAGAAUGAAUCUUCUGCUAAAACAUGGAACCAUACACCGCCAUAUGCUAUGUCUUUUGUGCAUGUGGUACACUCAUGCGGGCAGUACAGAAAGAACACAGUUAUGGGCAUCUUGCAAGCAGAGGAAAACUUGGGCCCCCUUUUCCCUAUCCAUCGUCUGGACCGACUUGUAUCUGGCCUCCUCAUCUUUGCCAGGAACAGCUCUGCAGCCGAAAGAUUUCGAAAAGAUGUUCAAGGUGGGAAGGUAGAGAAGGAGUAUUUUGCUCGAGUAAUAGGAGUCUUUCCUGAGGAGGAGGUCGAAGUUAGUGCCCCGGUGCUGUAUGAUCCAAAGGAAGGCCACAGUAUAGUUGAGACUGAGAUUCCAGAGGAUGAUCCACGUCAUCGGCAAAGGCAGGCAAGGAAGGACCAGAUUCUUUCAAAUGGUGCCAAGUGUAAAGAUGCGCGCACUCGGUUCAAGAGGCGGAGUACUGACGGAGAGACUAGCAUUGUUUCUUGCAUGCCAUUGACAGGGCGGACUCACCAGAUCCGGGUCCAUUUGCAAUACUUAGGUCACCCGAUUGCAAACGACGCACUCUAUCUUCGCAGCGAUAUUGACAAUCCUCUUCGCAAACGAUCGCAUGCUCGCACCAAUGCGGACAUGGCAGCGAAGAAGGCAUUUGCAGGGGGGGAAAGUGCAGUUGUGUCGAGGACGGAAAUGCCAGCAAGGCAUGCUCCCUACGAAGGUGUGAGCGGUUCACCAAAGCCGAUAAUAGAAACAUCAGAAUCGCAAACGUACAUGGCUCCCGCUGCUUUAUCCACCAACAAGGAUGAUGGGGUCAUGGAGGGUUCACGUUCGGUUCCAGGAAUAUGUGUGGACGUGCCAUCAAAGAGCCAAGGGGUUGGUGAGAAAGAUGACGUUCCUCGGGUUCAAGCAGAGAAACUUGAAGAAACGGAGAGACAGAAAUCAGCAAACCUACACGAAGUCCGAGGAAUGUCCGCAGGGGCAGAUCUGAGAAGUAUGGAAAGACAAGGAGGGGCAGAAGUGGAAUCAUACGAUGGUAAUGUGAUCGCAGAGGAGAGUUCGGCGAAUGCGAGGCAAGGCAAUACUUGUACGUCUUCCAUUUCUUUGGAUAUGAAAGCAACUGAAGAAAGUGGUGUUAGAGUAGAAGUCAAACUAGAGGAGACAUCAAACGCAUCUCUUCCGUUGUCUGGCAGUGCUGUGGUGUUAGAGGAUAAGUCACAGAAGCAGAACAGCGGAUCUUCGUCAGCCUGCACUUCUUUUGACAGACUUCAGCAGUCUGCGCUCCCAGUGCUGUCAUCUCACAUGUCAGGUCAGGAACUUCAGGCUGAUGACAGGACACAGGCCGUGGCCUCACGGGCAGUUGAAAGCUCGGAAACCUCAGUGGCUGUUCACCAAACUACAGACAGCAGUGGAGAAAGCAGAAGCAGAAACAACUGCAGCGGCAGUGCGCACACUCAGAAUGUCGGGAUUACUCAGGAGGAACAAGGAGAACCAGGCCAUGAACACAACGCAGAGACAAGAAAACUGAGGAAUGGGACGAUCGACGCUUUUGCAUUUCAAUUGGAUCCUUUAUGUACGCACUGUCCAUCGCUUGCACCAUCAGGAUAUGAAGAAGAGCUGGAGGGGCUGUGGCUGCACUGUACGAGGUACGCAGGACCGUCUUGGUCCUACCAAUGCCCGCUUCCAAGCUGGGCACUGUAAAUACGUAAUACGAACUGCUCAAGGUUUAGUGCUCAGAGUUCAGCCUUUCAAGUAGGGCAUUGUUUAG